UAGUCCCUGCUGUUCCCAUAGUUUGCUGGGUAUUAAACACCUCGAUGCGCUUUGGUUCUGAACAUCAAAAAUGGUUUUCUUCAUGCGUUGRCUGGAAAUGCUCAUGUUGUCCAUGUUCAGGCGAUAAUAAGUAAGUGUCCCCAGCUAAGCAAAGGUUACCAAAGGCCCAUUAUUUUAAGAAAUGGCCAAUGACGUCAUUGUCUACCUUCUUGUGRUGWUAUCAUUGUCCACUGCAAAUCGAUGCAAGAGAUCAAUUGAUUCAACUCAUGGAACRCGACUGAAUAAUCACGUGAUUGAUGACAGCGUUCAAAGCAAUCAGGUCGAUUGCAUACAGCGAUGCAUGAAAAAGCGCAACUGCUACAGCAUGAAUUAUCACAUGUCCGACAAGCUUUGCGAGUUGAAYAAUGGUAACCAGUUGUUGUUUGGAGAUGACUUGGUGAGAGAUGAUGGGUUUAUUCACAUGGGAAACCCUAAAAAGAUCCUUGAUACUGAAAAACAUUCAUGCAUGGAGAUAAAGAUGUUCAAUGCUUCUGCAAAAAGUGGAAACUAUAACAUAAAAGUUGGAGAUCAAUCCAUGAUGGUGUAUUGUGAUAUGAUGAAUCAUGGUGGAGGAUGGACGCUAGUUGUUUCUAUWAGCAAGACUAAUCACGAUCAUCUGCAGACGAAGGAACAUAACUGCUUCAACUCUUCUUUCUGUGUUCCUGACACAGCUARCGUAACAGCAACAAGAAAACUGUCAGACAGAGACAUACAUCAGAUCCUUGGGACAUAUGAAGGUACUUUUCGGCUUCAAAGUUUUUCGACAUCCAUCGGUUUUGUCUUUUUCCAGAUUCCAAGUGGAGCUGACAAGUUCAACUCAUCGUGUCAUGGCUAUGAUUGUCCUCGAAUAAUUGCAUCCCAUGACUACCCCUACCAAUGGCUGUCAAACUGCAAAGGCAUCGAAACAGGAUACGCUGUCGCCUUGGACCACUAUGCGUUUGAUACCUAUGACAAUUCAGAAUGUGGAACAAGAUGGACAAUGCCCAAGAGCGAUCCAUGGGGUCCGUAUCGAGGCCUGUAUGGAACGAAAAAAUUCAAAAAUGAUGGAGGCGUCUAUCAAAACUUAAAUGCAAAGCUGUUUGUACGAUAACCUUCUACAGAAUGUGCUGGCCUCAGUUAGUCAUGCUGUACUUCUGGAUAAUACAAUCAAAUGAAUUUUCUUGAGGCUGCAGAUAGUUAAAUGAUUGUUUAUAUUAAGUUUAUGAACUUACUUAAAUAAUAAAUUAAAUUUAGAAAUUAUUACAGGCAACAGCAUGUAGUGCGAAAAAUGUAGUGCACGAGCAAUAUUUCAAAACUGUUUCAUAAAAAAAUGAACGAGCGCACCGACGCCUUGAACUGGAACUACAAUGUUACUCAGACUUAAAAUUAAAAUUUAAACUUUUAGUACUAAAAGUAAUUAAAACUACUUUUGUUUUGAUAUCAAAUGGUUAAAAUCGAAAAUAACGUAAAAAUUGUAAUUGAUAUAUAUUUUAGAUUGACUGACCAUUUUUUUCAUAAUGCCUGUUUAAAAUAAAGCACAUAAAACCGAGAAAUCAGGGUGCCAAUUUGUUUGUUUC